AUGCACCCCAGCGGUCUGAUCUCCGACGGCGAGAAGCUGAUCAAGAACGUCUACGACGCUCUGCGCGCCGGUCCCCAGUGGAAUGAGACCCUCUUCAUCCUCAGCUUUGACGAGACUGGUGGUUUCCAUGAUCAUGUGCCUCCGCCCCUGGCUCCCCGGCCUGACAACCUCACCUACACGGCAACCACCCCGAAUGGCAAGGACUAUACCUUCAACUUCAACCGUUUGGGUGGUCGUAUCCCCACUCUCCUGAUCUCCCCCUGGGUGGGUAAGGGAUAUGUCGAGCAAAAGGGCACUAGCAUCACCGGCGACACCGUGUCCUACUCUGCCUCGUCGAUCCUGCGCACCCUGGGCUACCUCUGGGACUUUGACCCUUUCACCCCGCGGGUCGAGUAUGCGCCAUCUUUUGAGCAUCUGGUGCAGACGCGAUCCCGCGACAACACCCCGACUGCCUUGCCUAGUCCGGUGCCUUUUCGGAAGUAG